UUUCCAGAAAAUUCUUCCCUCGGGUCUCAUUUUUAUCCAACUAUAGCACAUAACCCAGACACCGAAUUUGCAGAAUCAGUUAGCGCAUGCAAUUUGCUGUGAUUAUUUUCCUUAUAUUAAGUGAAUAUAUAUAUAGCAGGAGACCGUCAAAGUUCCAAACUGAACUAUUCUCAGAAGCUUUCGGUGGACGAGGACGAUUUCGGGGAUGAUCUUGAUGCGGUUGUAGCCAUUUGCACUCAGGUUUGGCUCUGUCUUCAGAUGGGGCUGCCACAUUCGAUCCACACCCACAUAAUAUCAGUUUAUAUUGGUUAUGUUUGGACGAAUAAGAAAUGGGAGAAGGUAUGGUGACGUUGCUAGCUACCUAUAAACUCUGACUGGCCACAGAUGCUCACUCAGUACAAACUACUGAAUCAGUUAGUCUUAGUCAGGUCGUGGUUUAAAAUAUUUGAUUGGGUUUUGUAUAAAAUGAAAUCUAGAUUAUCCCCCAUGUAUUAAGCAAGGAUUGGAAAACGUACAUCGGUGUAUUGCAGGUGCAAAUUAGGGUUCUUAAUCAUGAAUAUCGAUAUUGAUUAUUUCAAGUUGGACAUUGAUGAACUUAUUGGUGAAUUCACUCAGAAUGAGUCAACAACUUUGGCUGACAUGAAAAGAGUAUGGCUUUCGAGGAAGUUCUCCUACAUAUAUGAAGCUUGUCCUUCUACCAACCUGGCCUUCUUUAUGCAAUCAUUGUAUGCUCAUUGUAUUGGUUACAUUGUUGGUACUGCUUCUUUAUCACACAGAUUAGGCGGCUUUUAUUGCCUCUACUGUCUUUACGAGACUCAACCCUUUAAUCCUUCUUUUAAGGUCUACUUAUCUCUUGAGGAAUUAAAGAAACUUAGAAUCCUUGUUGCUGAUGCCAAAGCCAAUGAUAUUAAAGUGGUACCUGCUCUAGUAAAGAGAAUGCUCGAAAGAAAUGUUUUCCUUUUUGGCUCUGUCGACUUGAUUGAAGGCAGUGUUGCAGAGACUGUAAACCAACUCCAACAAUUACAGAAUGCCCGUAUUCAAGUUGCAUAUGAAAAGUUAUUUGAGAGCUCUUCAAUUGAUAAAUAUAUUCAGAUGGACCUUGGCGUGGAAGUUGAACUCAAUUUGCUUAAGAACAAGUCAUUGGGAUAUGCUGCGGCCAAGAAUGUGGCCAUUCAAGAGGCAAGCGGUAUUUUAGACGUUGAAAACAUAAAGCACAUACAAGAAGAUAAGCAACUGAUUGGAGAUGUAGUAGAGAAGGUUGCUAAUGACUGGUAUGCCCAGAAACAAGCAUUUUAUAAACAAACAGGAUUGGGGGAGGACGAUGAAUAUGAGAAGGAACUGGAGCAAUUACUUCUAGAUCAUCAUCCACAUAAUGGAGAUUCUAACCAAGAUUGAAGACUAUUAAAAGUAAUCAAAGUUUAUGUAUUGUUUCAUUGACAGUUUUAACUGUCUUUUGUCCUUUAGACAAUUUUUAUUACAGACUUUUAUUUUCAUGUAAUGCAGUUUUUCAGUUUUUUAUGUAUGACAGUAACUUUUGUUUCUCUC